AUGUCUCAGUGCACAGAAGAAGGCCCAUUAGCUUCCCUGUACAUUAUUGAUCAAGCAUUAUACAUUAUUAUUGAUGAUUUUUAUACCAAUUGCUUUUUUUUUGGUUUUAAUUUUACAAAGCGUCCAGUAAGUGUCUGUUGGUGUCCUUUCCUGCCACAUGAGCCAGUUCAAGUUCGGACAACAGUUUAUAUUCUACAGCAUCCAUUUGAGGAAUCCAGAUGUCUCCGGACAGUUCCUAUUUUACAGAACAGCCUAGCUCCUGGCAAGUGCUUUGUCUACAAGGGGAAACGAUUUUCGGCUGUUCGGUACCCAGAAUUCAUUUCUGCUCUAGAAUCUCCAGACACAAUACUGCUAUACCCAGGGGCUGAUGCAGUGGACAUCUCAGAGCUGCCGACAGAUAAGUCAUACAACAUUGUUUUGCUAGAUGGCACUUGGGCUCAAGCCAAGGGGAUUUAUUCUCAGAACCCAUUUCUAAAAAGUUUAAAGAAGGUACAGAUAAACUCUAGCCAAAGGAGCAAGUAUGUUAUUCGCACCCAGCCCAGGGAUUCCUCACUGUCGACGCUGGAGACGGCUGCUGUUGCUAUUGCUACUCUUGAGUACAGGCCAGAAAUCUUGGAGGUUCUGGUACAUCCGUUGGUGGCUCUGUGUGACUUCCAGAUUCGCCAUGGAGCCACAGAGCACCAGAGCAGGGAGUUCAGAGUGGAAAACGGUCUUUGGACCAAACCACUGCCAAGAUCUGUACAGAAACGAUUGUUAGAAAAAUUUGCAGAGCAACAACCAAAGUCUCAUAUGUGA